AUGGCCGACGAAGUUAUCUUGCAUUGGUAUCCUGCUUCUCCAUUUAGCCAAAAAGUGGCCUGGGCACUCAACUACAAGAAUGUGGAUUACAAGACGGUGACCAUUCCAGUGAUUGAACCAAGACCCAAGAGACGUCCUUUGGAUGGUGGCUAUCGUAAGACGCCUAUUCUUCAGAUUGGCAACCAUGUUUAUUGUGACAGCAAGCGUAUUUUGGACGAGAUCGAGAAAAGAUAUCCCGAGCCUUCAUUGUAUCCCAAGACAAGAGGGGGUCAGCCGUCUGAGGCCCUUGGUAAAGGUCUUGCUCGUUGGUUAGAUUCAACCUUGUUUAUGACCAUUGCCUCGCAAUUUGAUACCUCCCUUUUACCUGAAAAAUUCCUCAAAGAUCGUGCAAGCUUUGCUGGCCAAUCCGCCUUUUCGGGUGAUCCUUAUUUGCAUUCUGAAUUGUAUGGUCAGCUGGAACUUGCACAAAAGCUUGUUCCCACCACCAACAACAAUGAGACCUUAUGGAUCCUCGACACGCCUACUUUGUCCAUGGCCGAUUUGCAUUUAGCCAUGGAUAGCUUUUUUGCUACCAAUGUAUUGGGUGGUGACUUUAUUGAACGCUUCCCUCGUCUCUCUGAGCACAUGGAUCAAGUCGUGGCAGCCAUUCAAUUUUCUCGGACCGAAGAAAUGCCGGAAUUGACAGCUGAUGAAGCUCUUGCUGUUGCAAAGAAACAUCGUGGUGCUAAUGCUGUUAUUGAGAAUCCAGUGUCAGAGUCCUCCAAAGUGACUGUGGGUCAACUCGUAUCCGUCAUCCCCACCGAUACUGGCAAGGUACCUUCCAUUGGCAAGUUGCUUACUCUUAAUACACAAGAGAUUGUGAUUGAGCAUACGAAUACCGAAGCAGACGUCCAAUCCAUUAUCCAUUUCCCCACCAUUGGACAUGUUGUUAUGCCUGUAGCUCAAGAGAAACUUUAA